AUGUGGAUGUCCUGUUCCUUGGAGUUGCAGAUGGCCGCACAAGUGCGCUUGUUGCACGAGCCGCAGGAUGUGCAGGACCCGGCGGAGCGGAUGGAUGUUUUGUGGCAGAAUCUCCGCGCUGCCAUGGAUGCCAAAGCCCCGGAUGUAGUUGGUGGCCCGGCAGACUUGAUGUUAAAGACGCUUGCCCAAUAUUUGUCCCUGCAGUUCUCCGACAAAAGUGUGCUCGAAGUGGAGAACAUUUUACACGACGAACUGACUGCAGCGCAGGAGUUGGCAAGCUGGGAAGAACCUUUGGUGUCUGAUGGCCUUUGGUCGCCUGAAGAUGUAGCCGGGCAGCAGACGGAAGCGGAGUUGAAAGAUGAGUUAUGGGAAGCCGUCUGCGCGGCGAACGAGAGUGGCAGCAACAAAUCCACCAUCCGCCGCUUCGGAGCGGCUCGUGUGCAAGGAGUGCCAAUUCUGGAUCCUCCAACCGUAGCAUCCAGAAACCAGCUUGUUCGCGAAGACCAGCCGUAUUACAUUGUUGCUGGUUUUGUGAAAUUGUUUCCUCUUGGAUACGGAGAUUUCUGGGCACAUCUGCAUCAGCGGCAAGAAGGGAACCAGCAACCUUUGUCUUUCUGGGAAUGGCUAAAGCAUUUGCUUUUGCGCUCUGAUGGCAGGUUUCAAGCCCAUCCCCGGUUUUAUUUCUUUGCGUUGAACACUGCUCUGAGGAACAAGGCGUUGCGCGCCCGAGGGUACUUCAUGAAGCGGCAGCAAGGAGCCAGCAAUAAUGUAGCGUACACCACUGAAGAACUUUUCAACAUGGGUAAAGCUCAGUUCACCAAGAUCGUUUCCGCUUUCGAACAUUCCAUGGCUGGCUCUGCACAGGAGAAGUUGAGACAACGCAGUGACUUAGAGGCCAUGGUGGAACAGAUUGAGCAAGAGACCUUGCAAGACCAGGCUCACGCUUUGUUACAGUCUUGGCAGACCGCUGACCUAGCUUGCAAACUGCUUGAGCAGCAAGGGUGCGCUGCUGCCACGGCGGAGCUGCAAGCUGCUUGCCUCGCUGCAAAAGCUGCUGUUGAGAAAGUGUUGUCGCCUGAAACCAUAGAAGCCCAAGCCAAGCCUUCCGUCUCGCGCGUCAAUGUGGACCGCGGGAAGGAUGAAGCAGCUCAAGCCGAUGUCGCGCGCGCCGAUGUGGACCGCGCGGCAGAACCCUUGCAGCAAGAAUUUGAAGUCAGUUUUACUGAGCAAGAUAGUGCUUUUGUAGGUUCAAGGCCUGGUUCCGGCCGCAAAACCCUUGAAAGUUUGUUGUCUGAAGUGCAACAGCGCAGUUUGUGCGUGCAAGGCGGUGGCGAGAUCCCGUGUCAUUUCAGCACAUUGACCACCGCCAUCUACCAUUGGGACGACCUUGCCCAAUGUUUGGAGCACUAUGAAGCAGCAGUACGCAAGCGGCGGGGCGACAGAGCGGAUCCUUUGGAACCAGCAGAACGGCGGUUAGCGCCGGAACGCCGGCGAGUCCUCCGCUACCCGGGCGUUGUCGCCUGGUUCACGGCUUACAAAAUGGAACUGUUCUACAAACACGUGCUGAGGUACGAGGAUGGGCAAGGUGUGUUCGAGUGGGGCGCAGGCGGAAUCAUGCACUUGCAUUCGAUCAACUUUGGAUCACGCAUGCCCCGUGUCGAUCCAACCGCAGCAGGGAUGCAGCAGCCAGAUGAAAAGACAGCCGAGAUAUCCGCUCAGUUUGCUGAAAUGCACGAGGAGUAUUUGACCGAUUGGAGCUUUGCAAAAGCCGAAAAGUGGAGUUUCCACGAGAUUGACAAUUGCGUUGCUAGGGCAGCUCGUCCUGGUUCGCCUGCGCAUACGGAUUCAGAGUCGGAUGGAUCGGGGGACAUGGAGGAAAGCGCGCUGCUAGAAAAAUGUGUUCUCCGUAACACGGUAGAUGCCGGCUUGCAAGUGGGCCUGUCUGCAGAUGUCUUUGGACAGCAUGCAGUUGCAGAGGAUGUAGAUUUUCAACGUGUCUUCCCAACUGCAACUAGCAUGGUGUAUGUGAUUUCGCAAGGUGCGCGUGCCACCAAGGUACUCACGCAAGACGAGCGGCAGCUGCUACAAGACUUGGAUUUGCACUUGCAAGAUGCAGCUUGGCACGCUUGCCGCAUCUCAGUGCAGCAAAAAGCUUUGCUAAUGACGAACAACUGCCGGCUGGUCCGGCGUGCGCGCCGCAAAUGGUACCGAAGACUCACAGAGAAGUGCAACACGCACGAUCGGCGCGCGGGCUUAGGUUUUGAGGUGCCGCCUGUGUACAUCGAAGCAACUAAAGAUGCCGAUACGGAAGAACAAGAGCCAGAGGUUCUGACUGCGCAGCUGCAGCAAUGUUCUCUGCGUUGCGGGACCCUGAACAUGCACUUGCUUUCGCCCGGUCCUUGGUUUGAACCUCUUCUUGAGCAGUGUGAUGUUAUGUUCUUGCAGGAAGUUACAACUCAGUGCUUGGAAGACUUUUGCUUGUUAGGGCAACAAAAAGGUUACGAAGUGGUGUCUCCUCUGCUGCGUGGCCAAGCCCCUGCGGAAGGCUUCGAUGUGUGUCUGCUGCUCAAGCACGACGUCGUGCAGAGUCGCCGAGUCACCAUUUCGCCGUUGCCGUUACCGUCCAGCAGACGGUUUGCGCAAGUGCAUGUUACCCUGCCUGCAAACGGGUGCGCGCUUGUGUUGGCGACGGCUCAUUUCACCGCAGGCUCGAAUGGGGACAAGGAAAGGGAAUGUGAACUGGAAGCUGAAGAUGGCAGUCCGGAAGAUCGAUGCGGCACCUGGCACCCGGAGGCCGCGCCUGCGCAGGACGCACGAGUCUGCACAUGGCGCUUUGAUCGGACUCUGACCUUAUGCCAGUUUGGUAGCAUGGAUAAGCCGAGUCCUACGCCGUUGCGGGCUGGGACAGAGGCUGCUGAACGGGUUUCUUUCGCCACUGUAGAGCUGCAGCGUGGACCUUUUGAUGUUCAAUUUCAAUCAGCUGACUUGGAUCACGCGUUUGUUUCUGCAACUUUCAAUGUCAUGCCUUUGGCUGCUGGGGCGCGCGAGGUGUCGAGCGAGUGUUUGAAAGUGUUGCGACCUGGCCUGGGUCCCAAAAUAGCGCGCAGACCUUUGGAGCGCGAGAGUUGCACACAGAGACAGCACGCCCAAAGUUUUUGCGGCAAGGACUACGAGAAGCCUCGCAUGUUGCCCGGCAUGGGCGCCAUACUUGAAGAUUCCCGCCGCAAGUCUCUGUUCCGUUUGUACACCCGUCGGAAUUGCCACCAUCUGAACACACACGACCCUUUGAAGGCCAUGGGCUUGGUGGCAAACGUGGAUGAUCAAGUUGCGUUGACGGUGCAAGCCGCCGUCAACUACUUGACCAAGUACUUGGGGAAAAUCGGCGGGGGACACAGCGCACAUAGCCGAAUUAGUGGUUUGAUCGAUGACAUUGUGUGUCGCAUGGGAGAUCGUGAGACAAUGACCGUUGCAUCCCUUUUGUCGAAGCUCUUCAUUCACUCGGCUGUUCCGGAGGAAAUUUGUUCCCUUGAGGCAUGGCAUGUUUUGCUGGACCUGCCCCGUGUGCUGUCGUCCAGGUAUGUGACCUCGUUGAACGUCAAGGAGGAUUCGAAUGCUUUGAAAGAUUUGGCCAGCGUGGAACUGGCAAGGGUAGAUGAGAAUGUUGUGAAAAAGAGCAAGGUGGCCCUCUACUUGGAUAGGUUUAAUAUGAGAGCUCAGGCCGAUAUAUCUGCAGCAUCCCUGGAAAACAUGUCCCUGUUCCAGUUCAUCAGUCGCACGGAUCGCCGUGGAAAGUCGUUGCAUUUGCGGAAAAAAAGCAUAAUUGUUAAGGAGAGGCCAUUCCUGCGCUUGGACGCUCGUCGCAGGGAGGCGGGCGCCAUGGCUCGUUUGUGUUUGCGCUUGCAUCGACCUUUUCGAACGGAGGAGGAUGACCCCGCCUUUGAAGAUGGUGUGCGUCAAGCAGGUUCCGCCGUCACUGGCAAGCAGAAAAAAAAUGUGGUGCUCAAACCUUACGCCGAACUUUGGGAAUACAUCAAAGCGGAAACCUUGAAACAGUGUGGUUUGGCAGUUUCCUCUUCGCCAGCGCAUCGUGUGGGUUGCGAUGGACCGGUGAGCAUCCCGCACGCCGAGCUCAAGACGGGCGCAUGGCGACAGAGUGUGUUUCGCUUGGAGCCCCAUUCUUUGGAGCAUGAAGAAUGGGAAGAUGCUGCCGACCGGGAAGCAAAGAGGUUGCGGUAUGUGCAAGCUGCAACGCAUGAACAGAGCAUGGGUCGGCCGGGGAAGAGAUUACACGAGGUGUCGUUACCAGUCGACGCAGAUGCUUUGAUGUGCGCCGACUUCGAUACUCGGGCCGAGUGGGACGCUUUGAACCCUUACUUGGACAACGUCCGUGCCCAGUGGCUGUGUCCAGAACUCGCCGUGAAAAUUUGCCCUGAGACCAAGGGAUAUGUCUUGAAGCCGACGCAGGGGGGUCUUGCGCACACCGAAGCAGAGCAGAUUACUGUUCACCAGGUAGUGCUUGCAGGCGAUUUUGGUCAGUUGCCCCCCGUCGCAGUGCCGCCCGAACGGACGCUGUUGUGUUCCAAGGCAAAAUCAGUAGGCCAAGAUCGGCACGAUGUGAACCUUGGCUUGCGGUUGUUUCAGCAGAUUCGGGUCGUGUUUCGGCUUCGACGGAUUCACCGGCAGGUGGGCCAGUCACUUUACAAGGAAUCCCUGUUGCGACUGCGGGACGCAGCGCACACGAAAGAAGAUGUUCAGCUUUGGAAGUCACACGAUUUGACUGAUGUGGCAGCUUGCACUCUGACCGUGGAGGAACGGAAGUUUUUCGAGGGCAAAUGCGUGCACUUGUUUUGCGAAAACCGUCGCGCCGGACAAUUCAACGGCCGACGUCUAGGCGAAGAAGUCGCAGGCAAAGAAAACUCUACCAUUCUUCGUGUUUGGUCCAAUGACAGUACUCCUGGAGUGGAGCGUUACACCAGUGAAAAUUAUGGAGGUUUGAAGCGGGCGCUGCAUUUGGCGGAAGGGGCUCCGGUUAUGUUGACCACGAACUUGCGGACUGUGGAACUUCCUGGGGGGCCAUUCGAUCACCAAUUUGGUGGCCAUUUGCCUCCCGAUCACGUUUUCAAAAUUUCACGGCCAUACCCGGAUUUCACGGCCAUACCGGUUUCACACCCGGAUUUCACGGCCAUACCGGUUUCAAGCCCCACACCGGUUUGUCGCCCAAAGUGA